CAAUCGAACAGCAAGAGAAAUCUGUAACCCCUGGUAGGCCGCGAAGGUCACAAGUGCUUUCUGGUUAUUCACUUGCGUGUUUUCUCGCAAAGACGUUUUGAUUAUUCAGUAGUCAUUCAUGUCUGCUACCAUCAGUAUGCUGCCACGAUUUUUCAGGCCUAUCAUAAAUGGCGCUCAGCAAGGAGCAAAACAGUUAUCGACUAGUGCUAAGCGUGAUGGUAAAGUAGCUGUUUUGGGAGCUAGCGGUGGCAUUGGCCAGCCGUUGUCGCUGCUCUUGAAGCAAUCGCCUCUUAUCACCGAAUUGUCGCUCUACGAUGUCGUGAAUACACCAGGUGUUGCGGCCGACCUCUCGCACAUUGAUACGGCCUCGAAAGUCAAAGCUUACACCGGUCCGGAUCAACUUCAUGAUUGUCUUAAAGGCUGUCAGGUUGUUAUCAUACCUGCCGGUGUGCCACGCAAGCCGGGUAUGACUCGUGACGAUCUUUUCAAUACAAAUGCCUCCAUUGUUCGGGAUCUUGUCGCUGCGAUGGCUAAAGCUGCACCAAAAGCAUUGGUGGCAAUCAUCUCAAAUCCUGUAAAUAGCACAGUACCAAUCGCAAGCGAAGUGUUGCAGAAAGCAGGUGUGUACGAUCCUAAUCGCGUGUUCGGAGUAACUACUUUGGAUAUCGUCAGAGCCAACACGUUCGUUGCGGAGGCAAAGGGCCAGGAUCCGCAGAAAACAAACGUUCCAGUUAUCGGUGGACACAGCGGCAUUACUAUUAUUCCAGUGAUCUCGCAGUGCACACCGUCGGUUUCCUUCCCGGACGACAAGUUGAAAGCGCUCACUGAAAGAAUUCAAGAAGCCGGUACCGAGGUUGUUAAGGCAAAGGCAGGCACCGGAUCUGCAACCUUGUCUAUGGCUUAUGCUGGUGCACGUUUUGGUAUUUCGUUACUCAGAGCGCUAAAUGGAGAAAGUGGUAUUGUUGAAUGCUCAUAUGUUAAGUCCAACGUUACCAACGCCAAAUACUUCUCCACGCCGGUGCUUUUGGGCAAAAACGGAGUCGAAAAGAACUUGGGCUAUGGCAAACUGAGCAGUUUCGAGCAAAAACUAUUGGACGCCGCGAUUCCGGAGCUCCAGAAAAAUAUUCAGAAGGGUGAAGACUUCGUAAACAAGAAGUGAAAUCUGUUUGACUUAACUAGAUAAAAGUUGAAUUAUAUGAAAGAAUUGCCCAAUAUUUGUUGCUCGCCUUGCAAUUAUUACAAAUAAAUUGUUACAACAAUUAAAAUGA